AUGAUAGUCACUAUUGACUCUGGCAAAGUUGCAGGCACCUCUGCUAAUGUGACGGUAUUCAAAGGAAUCCCCUUUGCAGCAUCCACAGCCGGCACAAACAGAUGGAAACCGCCUCAGCCUGUCAAGCCAUGGACGGGCAUCCGUGACUGUUCAUCCUUUGGCCCUAUUCCGCCUCAACUGCCGCCUGGGCCGUUAUUCUGGACCAAGGAGCCUGUGGCCCAGAGCGAGGAUUGCUUGAACCUGAACAUAUGGACGGUAUUUACACCCAGACUCAAACCCGUCUAUGUCUGGAUCUACGGAGGCAAAUUCCUCUGGGGCGCCGGAUGCGACAACAACUUCGACGGCAGCCGCCUGGCCGCCCAGGGAGUCGUCGUGGUGACCUUCAACUACCGGCUGGGCAUCCUGGGCUGGCUGGCGCAUCCGGAUCUGUCGGCGGAAGAUAUACACCACGCCUCGGGCAACUACGGCCUGCAGGACCAGAUCGCAUGUCUGCAGUGGGUGCAGCGCAACAUCGCGGCGUUUGGCGGCGAUCCCAACAGAGUCACCAUCGGCGGCCAGUCGGCGGGCAGCGCCUGUGUCGGCCUGCAUGUCUAUGGCCCUCAAUCCAGGGGCCUGUUCCACGGCGCCAUCUUCCAGUCUGGCUGUCGACACCCGCGCGACCCGUUGAUCUCCUGUCUGGCGCCGUCGUACCGUACCAAAGACCAGGCAGAGAGGGAGGGCCAGAUGAUCGUCCGCGAGAAGGGGGCGGCCAGUAUUCACGAGAUGCGGGAGAUGGAGCUGGACAAGCUGCUCGAGGGCAACCAUCGCGACGACGAGACUCUCUGGGGCCCUCCGCCCUUCUACCGCGCCGUCCUAGACGGAUGGCUGUUCCCUCGCCGCUUUGAAGACACGCUCCUGUACGGUCUGAUGAACGAUGUCCCCCUGUUGAACGGCCAGAAUAAAGACGAAGGGGGCAAUUACACCCAUCCAGACUUCAACAUGGACGAUCUCGAAGCCGUCGUGCCACUCAAAUACGGCAAACACUUCACCCCCCGCUGGUUCUCGCUCUACCAUCAACCCGGUCAAUCCCCCUUAUCCUCCUGGAAUACCGCCUGUCAGGAUAACUCCCGGGUUGGGCCUCAUCUACACCAUGAGCUCUGGCGCCGGCACGCCACGAGCCCCAUCUACAUCUACCAUUUCACGCAUGCGCCGCCUCCCCGACGCGGGUUCCCGACUGAUUUCCCUGUAGAAAAGAAGAGCGGAUACGUGUAUUUCAACGGUUCGCGCACGGGGGCCUACCACGCAGCAGAAAUCCCCUACGUCUUCGACUCGCUGUGGACGGACGUCGACCAGCCGUGGAAUGAAACGGAUAGACGGGUGGCGCGCUAUGUGAGUGCGUACUGGGUCAACUUCAUCGCUACGGGGGAUCCCAACGGAGAAGGGUUACCCUUCUGGCCGAGUGCAGAGCAGGACGGAGAACAUGUCAUGCAGUUGGGGAGGGAGCCGCAGUUGAUCAAGAAGGCUGAGGGGGGGAGAGAGCAGUUUUGGCGAGAUUAUCUUGCUGCUCAGGGGGGGUGGUAG